AUGGUGACUUCGCGAGCGAUACAGGAAUCGUCUAUGAUUGUCACCGACGUUCGCCCUCACAUCGGUUACAUGAAUUUGAGAAGACCCCCCACACUGCAGCUCGUCACAUCGCAGCUUGAUGGCCUGUUGGAACUGAGUCCGUCAAUAUUCAGACUGCAGGCCUUAUUCAAAACCUUUGUCCCACUUUGCAACGGCUUGAUCGUCGACGUUACGGACAUCCACGGCGCAAUAACUAGAGAAGGAGGCAGCUACAUGCAAGGCAGUCCUACGCAAGACUACGAUUUUUCUCCAUAUCCUUCUCCUCCUCUCAUUAACGACCAGAUGCGCUCGGGACAGCUUGGAGGCGAGCUUUCGUCACAGCGAAUGCUAUCCAGUGUACCCACACCUCACGAGUCGACAAGUCUUUAUAGCAACACUGCUCGUCCUCUUAAUCGGGACUGGGCACCCAGUCUCCACACUAGUCUGAAGCUCGUGCUAAUUUUCCAGUUUUCCUUGUUCACGGAGAGUUCGACAUGUCCUAAUUCUCCGAUAUUUGAUGACGGCAUAUGGAACUUCGGACCGUCCAAGCUGCCACCUUCAAUGUAG